CAAACGGGCAAAACACGCUCGAUAUCCGGUGGACCCCCCUCCAGCUAGUCGGAAGACGUUAAACCGGAACGCCUUCCCCUUCGCUUACCGAAUACCGUCCUCUGCUCCUCGUAAGACCUUCGUAAUGUUAUAAAUCCUCUGACGGGGGCCCCACUGUCCCCGAAACAAAGAUGGCCGCCGCCGUGCUUCUAUCCCACCUCUCUGUGUGAGGAAGCAAAAGUCUGUCCGCUUCAAAAGCAGGAAAGAGCGGCCGCGCCGGGCUCCAGCCCCCGGAAGAGCCGGUACCUGCCUCCUGCCGAUUCUGGGCCACACAUUGUUAAUUACCGCAAGUGUCUGCGGGUCUCGUGAUGUGCGGUAGUUUCCUGCGGUAGACGGACGUCUCAUCCACAAGAUCUGAUGAGAGAGCGUCCAUGCUAGAAGAUGUCGGCGAUCCAGUGGCUGCAGUUACCACAGGAGGUCCUCCUGCAUAUAUUCAUGUUCCUGUCUCCAACGGAAAAGGCCAAUGUCCGGGCCACAUGCUCCUACCUGCGGGCGCUCGUCGACCACCCCUCCCUGUGGAAACACAGCACCAUCCUCUUCAAGAGCAUUGGGAUUUUUAAUGCGCGCUUCUGGGACACCCUACAAAGCAGGAAGAUCUCCUCGGUGGAGGUGACCAGGGUGACUCUGAAGCAGUUCAAGAAGAUGACCAGCUCCUUGCCGGAUCUGACCAGCGUCACCAUGGACUCCUGUCUGAAAGGGGAGAUCCUCCAGGGGCUCCGGCCGCUUGUCAGCCUCCAUCGGUUGCGUUUAACGGACUGCUCCAAUGUGACAGACCAGGACAUCUUCUCAGAGAUCGCCCUCUUCCAGCAGCUGACGCACCUGUCUCUCUGCAGAGUGUCCUUCUCGGGCGUCCUCCCGCUGACCAGCAUCGUCCUGCUGCAGAACUUGUAUUCUCUUUCGCUGCAUUCGAAUGAAGGCACCGUGCCCGAGAGGGCUCUCCAGUACAUUCUCUUCAGGCUGCCCAAACUGCGGGAGCUCUCCCUCGCCAUCGGAAACAUGAAUAAAUGGAAGCUGUCCCUGUGCUUCAACGUUCCUGAUAACUUUGUGGCUACGGCUGAAGAGCAGCCGCUUAUUUCCCGAUUGCAGCUCCACAAACUGGAACUAAUGAAUUCCGACUGCGCCAGUUUAUCCAACAACGCCUUCGACCAGCUGUCCACGCUGAAGAGCGUCUGCCUGCGCCAUUAUGAGUACCUCCAGCACGACGAAUUCAUCGAGACCCUCCUGCUGAAGCUGCCCCAGCUGACGGAGCUGCGCAUCGAGUGGGCUGCAUCAUUUUUGCCAAUCAUGAGUCCAAUAUGUUCUAAAUUAGAAAAGUUGAGCGUAGUAGGGACUAAAAUCUCCAACGCGACUCUCAGCUGGAUCUCCAAGAGUGCCGUCCAGCUGAAGUGCCUGAACUUGAAUUUUUCCCAUGGAUACGAUGAGGAGAUGGUGAAAAGCUUCCCACGGUUAUUUCCGCAUCUGCAGAACCUCUACCUCAGUAAUACCCGGCUGACUGAAGAAGCGCUGGUUGUUUUAGCCAACCUGUACUCGCUGCGCGUUCUGGAUAUUUCCAACAACCUGCACCUGACCUCCGAAGCCAUCCUCGCCUUCAGAAAUAUGACAUCGAACAGAAUUGGCUUAAUCCUUGAGAGACCCAUUGAAAGUAUAAAGUACUGCUGCUGGUGAGACGGACGCUGAAGGUUAAGCGGGAGACCUGUUGCUUCCCGUAACGUUCCACACCGCGAGAAACGGGGGGGUAUUUAUAUAAGAUGCAGAUUUUCAAUUUCUUAAUUUAUUUUCUAAGCUUGUUACAAAUUUGUAGAGGGAAAAAAAAAACGGAAUUACUUUCAUUAAAUACUCAAGCUCUAAAAUGAAAUUUACAUAUUAAACCAUCAUCGUUUAUUCUCCAAGCUACAACGACAGCAAUGACUUUUAAUUGGCUCCGUAUAUUCGGGUGACUGUUCUGUAUAAUGGAUUAUUAUUUUUUUUUUUAUUACUUUUCAAUGGUUAAGUGCCUAAAACAAAAUAUGUAUAUUGUAUCCCAG